AUGUUUCUCUUGAGACAAAACCUGUCAAAGCAGCAUGCGGGCGGCGAUGUGGCACCGAGGAUCACCGGGCGGAGGUCUAACUUGGAAGACUCAAGAAGGCCGACGCGACGGAAGGCCAGCUGCGUGGAGAAUUUAUCAUCGGUGGAGCGGAUUCGCAAACACACAAGCAGACACUUGGGCUGCAGCACCCUGAAUCUGGCCAUGAAGGGUCUGGAGCAAACGCCGGCUGAGCUGUGGGAACUCCAGGAACUUCAGAAGCUCAACUUGUCUCUGAACGUCUUGUCGGCUCUUCCAUCGGGUCUGGGAGCCCUGGAGAACCUCCAGGUGCUUAAUGUGUGGGGAAACGAACUGGUCAGCCUGCCGCCGGAGAUCGGGAACCUGCGGAACCUGCGAGUGCUGUUCGCGCACAAGAACCAUCUGAAGGAGGUUCCCGAAGAGCUGGCCGGCUGCGCUAACCUGGAGGUCUUGAGUCUGGCCAAUAAUCAACUCACGGCUCUUCCCAACAGCUUAUCCAACCUGAGGAAACUCACCAAACUCAACCUCGGCCACAACCGGAUCGAGCACAUCCCCGCCUGCGUCUACGCCAUGAAGAGCCUAGUCUUCUUGCACCUGGCCAACAACCGUCUGGAGAACAUCGCCGACAAGAUCCAGGAGCUGGUCGAGCUAAAGAUCCUCAUAGUAGAGCAGAACGAUCUGCAUGUUCUUCCCAGAACUCUGUGCUGUCUGAACAGACUGGAACUGUUGAACGUGGACUUCAACGAUCUGCAGAGCGUUCCUGAAGAGAUGUACAUGCUGAAGAAUCUGAAGAAGCUCGCCUGUCAUCCGCUUGAUACGGGACUGCAUAUUAUACACAACCCGCUGGUGAAACCUAUCAUGAGGUUCUACAGGGAGGCUUGA